AAUGAAGUUUUGUUUUCUGUGGACUGCACCAAGCUGAAGGACUAUUUUUCACCAGAAAAAAGGGCAUUUGACUGUAUUUAUUUUAACUUCCCUCACUGUGGGAGAAAGGCUGGGGUUGUGAAGAACAGAGAGCUUCUUGCACGCUUUUUCCGUAGCUCUGCAGAAGUGCUGGCAGAGGAGGGAGAGGUCCACGUGGCUCUUUGCAAUGGACAAGGUGGGACGCCUGCUGAUCAGCGAAGGAGAGAAUGGCACAACAGCUGGCAAAUAGUGGCUGUAGCAGCAGGAGCUGGAUUUAUCUUAAGUAACGUUCAUCCUUUUAAAGCAGAGACUAUCCAUGGAUAUAAGUGUACAGGCUACAGGAGUCAAGAUAAAUCUUUCUGUGUGGAGGGUGCUUUAACCCACAUUUUCACACAGAGCACACCAGUUCCAUGUUUCAAACCUAUGAGCUGUGAGAUACAACUGGAAAGCCAAAAGGUUUCUUUUCAAGUACCACAAGUGCUUGUGGAUAAAAUUAAUAGGGGUUUCCUAGACCCAAAUUCAAAUCAUCCAGUACGGACAGUGAAGGAGAAGCUCACUGCAGAGCUCAGCCAAGCUUUUCCGUUACAAAACGUUGACUGCUGCCUUUCUCUGCUCCAGGAAGGUCACCUCAAUGGUGUUUGUCACUCCAAUGUCUUUUGGAUCACUCUGAGCUCAGAGGGAGCUCCAAGCACUGAAGAAAUAUCUAGUGGGCUGGCAAACGCAGUUUCAUUUUCCCAUGUUGAUUUUUGCAGGGCCAGAGAUCAGAAUGGCUGCGUGGAUGUGCAAGAAGGCCACCACGUUUCACAAGAGUAUUGUCUGAGACCUUCCCUUCUGCCUUAUGCUCAGGCAAUAAUUCAAAGAGGAGCAUUUCUUCCAGGGACACUUCAUGUUCUUUCUGGCCCAGUUUUCAGGAAGUGUCUUAUCACUCCUGACUCCAUGCCCGUUUUUCACGAGGUGGUUUUUGUGUGUGCAGUUAACAGGGGUACAGAGAACAGCUGUAUCCAGACGUUGGUGAAGAACAUUAAAACCAGUAUACAGUCUCUUCACCAGACUGUUUCCAGUGUUGAACUGAAUAUGAAUCUCCAGGAAGAAACAAAUUAUGAUACAACUGAGCAAAACUCCUUUGCCACUUUUGACUGUCAGCUUAGUAAAAUUCACUACCUCAUGUGUACGAGGAUGGAUCCUACAGGCUCCUGUGAGAAGAGCUUCUGUGUGGGAACUGUAUGGACAGCUCAGGAUGAACUAGUAAGCAGUGGGCUGGCUGUUGUCUUUGCCUCGUUGAAUCUUGACCUCCUAGCCAUGCUGAUCUGUGAAAUAUUGGACUGGCGGAUGCUUUGGACACCAGACACACGAUUCCUCCAUCAGUUUCCUAGGGGAGAGUUAAGGCUUUUCAAAAGUUUUUCUCUCUAUCCACCUUCCUAUGUGCACGAUGUCAGCUUCUGGCUUCCUGACGGGGAACCAUUUGAUGAAGUUGCUUUUCACACCAUUGCUAGGCAGGUGUCAGGUGAAACGGUUGUAUCUGUUCAGUUAAUCGACAGUUUCCAACAGGCAGAGACAGGUCAGAAGAGCCUCUGCUACAGGCUGACCUUUCAGUCCUGUGACAGGGCACUGAGCUGCCAGGAGGUGGCAGAGAGGCAGCUGCUCCUUCGGAAGGCCAUAAACCAAGGCUUGGGUGUGACUCUUCGGUAG